AAUCGCCUCCCAGUUAUUAUUUAAAUACGUGUGAUUUCCUCCUUCAAUCUUUCCAAUUUUUCAUUUUUGUUUUUUCCUUCUCUCUAUUGUGCUUUUUCGAUUGGUGCUGGGGCCUGUUGUUGGUUUUGAUGUGGCAAGGAAUGCAGAAUGUCUUUUAAUUCUUUGAUAGACAACGAUUCAACACGCGUCUCAUCCUCUAAGGGCAAAGACUACAAUAGUAAUUGCGAUACCACCUACUCUUCUGAUAAGAAUUCAACUUCAAGUUCUGAUGUAAAGUCAAAGAACAGCUCGGCACAGCCAAUGCCAAUUCCUAGACAAUUUGAUACCUUUGAUAAAAUUUUAGAUUUUGGUCUUCAGGAACAGCCGCCUCUGCCGCUGGACUUAACCGUUGGUACAACCCCUCACUCGGGCCAGCAGCUAACUAUUGAGUUACCUACCCAAGGAUUAGAUUGUUUAGAUCACAUUUCGUCCGAAUUGGGGAAUCUUCAAAAAUUACUAAAAUCGGGAGUCUAUUCUCAGCCCAGUCAAAAUUCAGCUCAAUCAUUUACCAGUGACUCACUGGUAUCUUAUACCUCUAAGAUUAGUUAUCUAAAUAGUGACAUUUAUCGAGAGUAUAGUGAAAACAGCGUGGGGUUUGACCAAUUCAACCCUGUGCUUGAAACUUGUGAAGACUCUACCUCUCCUCUUGAUAUGCACAAUACAGAUAUUGAUUUUUAUACGGAGACAGAAGUCGAUGAAGAUAAUGAUGUCAACUUGGAUGAUACAGAACAUAACCUUUCGUCAGAACUCACCUCCAAUGUUUCACAGCAAAAUUUCGAUAUCCUAUCCGAUCUUCAUUUUGCCCAAGCUAAUCUGGGAAAAUAUCCAACUUCAGGUACUAAUGUUACUGUACCUUGUGAAAUUUGUCAAGACGAUUCUGACCUAAUUGAAAUUCCUUCUGACCUCUACGGAAUGGCUUAUAGUUGGAAAGCUGGUGUUUCGGUAGAGAAAACAAAGUUGGAUCAAGAAAUAGUCUCAAACGUGCACUAUACUAUUGCCCCUUGCUUUCAUAUUUAUCACACGAGUUGUUUCAAUGUCUGGAAAUCUUCCAAUGGGUUCUGUCCUACUUGUAAACAGUAUAUCGACGUAUACGAUGAGAGCCCGUUGCCUUCACUAUAAAUUUUCUUCAUUAUGCAUUUCAAUUAUUUUGGCUAUACCAAAAAAAAAAAAAAAAAA